AUGGGGACUCCAAAAGAACACAUAGGGCAGAUAAGAAAAACGACAUUCUCGAUAGGAGGAGAAAAUAACCCUUUGGCUCCAAUGCUUGAUCAGGCUGUCAAGUAUUUCGCUGCUGAGCUCUACGCUAAAGAUUUCCACUUUCUCAUGGAACUCAUUCAGAAUGCGGAAGACAAUGAAUACUUGGAAGGGGUGGAUCCUUCACUUGAGUUUGUCAUAGCAUCUCGCGAUAUAACCAAUACUGGUGCACCUGCUACUUUGCUCAUGUUCAAUAACGAGAAGGGCUUUUCUGCUAAAAAUAUCGAGUCCAUUUGCAGUGUUGGAGAUUCCACAAAGAAAGGGAACCGGAAGCGCGGUUAUAUUGGGGAGAAAGGAAUUGGGUUCAAGAGUGUGUUUCUUAUUGCUGCUCAGCCUUACAUAUUCAGCAAUGGCUAUCAGAUCCGAUUCAAUGACAAGCCCUGUCCACACUGCAAUCUUGGAUACAUAGGCCACAUAUAUUAUAGAGCCGGCCCUGCAUGGAGGGGAGAAAGCUUAGUUGAGUUAGGAGAAGACUACUUGGAUCCUGGAUAUUUUGCUGGCACAAGCACAGUGGGAAAGCAACUCUUGGAGUUCCUUCAAGCUUCUGAUAUUCCUCACAUAUGUCCUCCCAAUGCUGGAAUACCUACUGCAUCAACACCACUUACCAAACAGAAUGCAUUUCUUCUGUUGGAUUGGAUUCGUGAGCUGAAACGGAGUGGAAGCAUUCCAUCAAAGUUCAUGACAUGCAUAAAGGAGGGUAGCUGGCUGAAAAUUACUAUGAAUGGCUCUCCUGGUUACAAGCCACCAUCACAGUCAUUCCUACUUACUUCACCCAACAGAAGCUCAAACUGGGGAUACAUUUUGCAGAAUGGAUCCGUGCUUGUUGAUAUUCCCUUGAUAGGUCAGAGUUUUUAUGGUUAUAAAAUUUACGCGUACAGAGAGGAGCUAAAGACGGUCGGAGUCAUGUUCGAGUAUGGCGAGGCAUGUGAAUUUAUCGGGAAUCAUCUCAUGUCUUUAUCAGCUUCAUCCACUCUAACCAAAAGCAGUGUGAUUUCCAUACUGAAUUUCAUCAAAUUUUUGAGGCAGAAUUUUCUCCCUACAGAAAAAUUCAUUCUCAAAGUUAAAGAAGGAAGGUGGCUGAGGACUUGUAGGGGUGACAGAUCUCCCGUGGGAUCUGUUUUAUAUGGUCAGGAGUGGACAACUGCAAGGCAAAUUAGUGACAUCCCCUUCAUUGAUCAAGAUUACUAUGGCGAAGACUUCGGAAGUCCACACAAAUUUCCUUUAGAUCUUAAGAAGUGCAUCCGUGAGGAGAAAUGGCUGCGGACUCGGCUUGGUGAUUAUAGAUCUCUAAGCAAUUGUAUUCUGUUUGGUCCUGAGUGGGUGUCAAUUUAUCCAAUAACUUGCCUUCCCUUUAUUGAUGACAGUGACAAAUACUAUGGUAGUGGCAUUAAUGAAUAUCAAAAGGAGCUGAAGAAAAUGGGGAUCGUAGUUGAAUUUAAAGCUGGCGUGAAGUUUGUGGCUGCUGGUCUUUGUUUUCCUCAAAAUCCAUGCGACAUAGCUCCUGUGAAUGUGCUUUCAUUCCUGGAAUGCAUCCGCGCUUUAUUGCAACAAAAGGACUACUCCUUUCCUGAGACUUUCUGGAAAAAUAUUGAUCGACGAUGGUUAAAGACCCAUGCUGGUUUCAGGUCUCCGGGCAACUGCUGUUUGUUCAAUUCCCAGUGGAGUUCAUACUUGAAGCCUACCGAUGGGCCGUUCAUUGAUGAUGAUUUUUAUGGUUCUAAUAUCAAAUUGUAUGCAAAAGAGCUCAUUGCAAUCGGAGUUGAUGAAGGUAAGGCUUGCUCACUGCUUGCCAGUCAUCUUGAUUCCCAUUCUGAAUUUGACACUAUCGUUCGAGUAUAUGAUUAG